AUGUCUGUCCAGUCCAGCUCACCCCUCUCCACCCACCUCACCACCCGGAAGAAGCCCCUUCUCUCCUCCGCCGAAUUCGAAAAAGCCGCCCGGCGCGACCGCGCCGCCAAAAAGCGCACCGCUUCCAAAAAACAACGAACAUUUCCGCCACCCCGCCGCCCUUGGAUCUCCAACGACCGCAUCGCCAGGCUCCUAACUGAAGCGCAAGCCCAGCACCUCUCACGCCCAAAGGAAGAAUUAGAAGAACAAGUGAAGAGCGAGCUGCAGAAUGAGUGGUGGCUAAUCGUCGAGGACUCGCUCAACCUCUUCUGGGACCGAAUACUGUGUCCGGGAUGCUGCACCAUUUGCGGCGCGGCUGGGUUGGCUGUGAACGGUCAAGGGCAAGGGGCUAUAGAUGCAUGGUUGGAAAACCUCGGAGAGGAGAUGGAACAGUGCGAUCUGGAAGUGCUGACUGAGGAGAAAGUUGAGAAGUGGGAUGAUGCGCUCUGGGAUAUACUCAAUGGUAUCACAGCGACUCGUAACGGGUUGUGCGUCGCGCAAGCCGAGUUCAAAGCCGCUGCUAAAGCGGAAUCCGAGCGCUUGAAAUUCGAAGCUCAAGCUCUCAAAUCCACCACAGCAGCCGAAACUGCUGUUGAGGAACUGGUAGAGGUAGAUCCCCUAGCGGAAUUUCAGCAGUUCGCGGCUACUGGAUCCCCAACCAUGCAGUACAGGGAUAGCAUGGAGUAUGAGCCUGAAGGGUAUGGAGAGGCUGCUGAUAGCGAGGAUGAGAGGGGCGAUGUGUUCUCGAAUGCGAAGACUGUGAGGAGGAAAAGACAAAAGGUGUUGAGGUGUUUGGAGGUCAUCGAGGUGAUGCCUCCGAUCCAGGAGGUUGAUGAGGGGGGCUUAUCUCCAGAGGAGAAGUGGCUGGUUGAUGAAUUGGAUGACGAAGAGAGGAGCGAGAAUGAAGAGACGAUGCCAUUUUUUGAUGAAAACUUCAAAGCCGGCGAAAGAUUUACAAGCAGCGCAGCUGAUCAGAUCCCGUCUAAUCAGCUCGAUGAAGAUGAAACCACCGAGGUCGAAAAAGCUACAGCAUCGACAACAUUGAACUCUCAAAAUGCCGACUCCUCUGCGUUCCGUCGAAUCACGUUGGUAAACGUCAACUCGGACUCGGAAAAACCAGACGCCAUAAGUGAUGUCAGCAAAGCCGGAGAAAUGCAACGCGGACGCAAACGUCAGAGAACAGAGGAGCCUCAUAUCCCUAUCAAGCAAUUCAAGCUCGACGACCCAGACUCUGGCCAAGAGGAUGAAGACCUAGAGUUGUUCUUCGUCACUGCAGAUACCCAAAAGCAUAGCGAUGUUUCACGAACCCGGCAAUCUGACGCGCCGUUGGGUGACGCAGAUGUUGAGUCUCUGUUUGCGGGCAGUGACGGGGAUGGUUCAGAUGAGGAUGCUCUCUUCGGUGCAGGUCAUGCUGCCAUGGACGAGGAGCUUGAUAUAGAUGUGGCUACUUUCUCCGAUGCUGACGAUGCUGCUGCGUAUGAAGAGAUGAAGGGCCAGGGGGACACGAUCUAUCGCACUAUCGAAGAGAGCGAGGAUGAGGGGGGUGGUGGAGACGUCGAAUCGCUGUUUGGGGGCAAUGAUCAUGAUCCUAUGGAUAUUGAAGAUGCUUGGAUAGAUUGGGAGAAGGAGGGACAUGGGGCUGUGAAACGUGUGGAUAGAGAGGAGAGCGAGGAGAGCGAGGAGCUGACAGCAGCUGACUUCGGCUCAUCUCGUCGAACUCGCCUCCAAAAUUUUACGUACCGGAACACCAACGUUGGGCAGCGGAAGAAAGCCCUGGGAGAAUCGUGGCAAGGCCUGGUCACCCUGGAAUUGCGUGUGGGAGGCAAGCGCGGUAUCAAGUCGGGGAUAUGCAACGAUGUUAUUCUGCCGCUCGAUAACCCGAAUGUCAUAGAAGACUUCAUGAAUUGGCUCUACCAUGGCCCGGCUGCGUUGGCCACGGUCCUCAAGUCUCGGAGAGUCUCUGACCUGGUGGAUCUCCACCUGUUCGCGGACAAAUACCAGUGCAGGAACGAGUUGAAGAACGUUACUAUGGAUGCUAUCCAAGAUGUUCUUUGCAUCGGUUUCAUCUUCAACUCAAAGGACACAAAGAGCUACAGACGUAAUGCCCGCAGAGGAGAUUGA